AUGGCCAACUACGCGGGCGCGAUUUUCCUCGGCCUCCGCCGCGCCGGCGACUUCAACGCCCCGCUCAUGGUCGGCGCGCACGCCGUCCUGGCCGCCAUCCUCGCGCUCCGCUGGCUGAAGCUGGCGCGGGCCGGCUACACGCGCCAGGCGGUGGCUACUUUCUACCAGUGGGUCUGGAACCUCUUCUACUCUGAGUACGUGCUGCUGCCCUUCAUUUAG